AUGCAACAUUACAUACUUGUUUCCUCAGAUUUUUUGAUAAGAUCUGAAAACAAGACAUCGAUGGAUGAUUUUAUUCUACUGGGCUUCUCCAAGGAACCAUUGAUCUGUUCAUUCCUAAUGGCUGCAGCUUACAUCAUGGUUCUUCUAGUCAAUCUGUCUGUGUUCAGUAUUAUCAAGAUAAAUAGCCACCUACAGACUCCAAUGUACUUUUUUUUGUGUUGCUUGUCCAUUUUAGACAUCUGUUACUCUACCGUCACCCUCCCGGCUAUGCUGGUCAAUGCCAUCACCGGGAAAAGAAGGAUAUCCUUCAGCAGAUGCUUCACUCAGCUCUAUUUCUUCAUCUUUGUUGGAGGAUCUGAAUGUCUUCUUCUGGCUGCCAUGGCCUAUGACCGAUAUGUAGCCAUAUGUAACCCCCUCCACUAUAUCCUCAUUAUGAACAAAAGGUUCUGCUCCUACGUCGUGGCAGGAUGUGUCCUCCUCGGCUUGGUGAACUCCAUGUUUCACACCUUGUUGACUUUAAGACUUAGGUUUUGUGGAGCUCGUAAUAUAAACAAUUUCCUCUGCGAUGUUCUCCCAAUGUUGGAAGCUGCUUGUAGCGACAUAUCCAGUAGUCAGAUAUUCAUACGUGUAGACACGGUGGUGCUUGGAGUAUCUACGUUUUUAGUUGUGGUGAACUCUUACAUACGCAUCGUUUCCACCAUAUUGAAAAUUCGCUCCUCGGAGGGACGGCAGAAGGUCUUCUCCACGUGCUCCUCUCAUCUCAUUGUUAUCAUCGUUUUUUACAUUACGGGUAUUUUCAGCUACAACGGUCCCAAGUCUGGAGGAUCUUUUACAGCCGUCCAAGUGUCUCCUAUUCUCAACAGCGUACUACCACCACUGCUGAACCCGAUUAUAUACUGCUUGAGAAACAAUGAGAUAAAGAGAGCCCUAAAAAAAGCAAUUGUUGGUAUAUAG